UUUUGUGCAAAUAUAUCAACCAAGAGGACUGCCACCAGCAUCAGAUUUCUGUGUGUAUGUGUGUGUGAGGGAGUGAGGCACUCCUUUAGCAGACUGAGGGAGAGAGAAAGAAGACGUCCAGAAAGCUUUGGAGCGCUGAAAGAAGAAAGAAGACUCAUUGCUACCAGAUUUCCACACUCUGAAAAACCCCAAACAAAGUGACUACUUUUCUUUGAAAAAGUUAGAAAACCGGCCAUGGACGGGAUAACAUUUGGACGCACGUCGCUCUUGUGCACCUUGCUCUGGGCAUUGCUAGUAUGCAGUGGAGCUGUGACUGUGAAGGUGGCUCCUAAUGUGGAAGUGUUAAAAGGAGAGGUUGCCAAACUGCCCUGCACAUAUACUGUCUCGCCACCAUCGACCAACACUGUCGUCGAAUGGUACAUUGAGGAGCAGGGAACCAGGAAGCGUGUGGCGUUCCGCUCUCAGGGUGGUGAGGGGAAAAGCGACGAGGGCACCCCUCUGACUGGCCGCGUCACUAUCGGAGAAGACUUCACCUUGACCAUCACUUCCGUUCAACCCUCAGAUGAGCUUCAGUUCUUCUGCCAGGUCACCGCUGGCCCUGCUGGGGUCGCAGAAGCCUCCACUAAUCUUAAAGUCUUCUUUGCCCCUGAGAAGCCAGUACUCACAAAACCAUCAGCUCAGGCCAUUUCUGUGGGAGAGACUAUCAGCUCUGAGAUUGGUACCUGUGAGGCAGCAAAUGGACAUCCCCAGCCAAGAAUUAUCUGGUUCAAGGAUGACCAGCCCCUACCUGAAGUCAAGGACAGGAAAGAGAAGACCUACAUGAUUCCCUCAGUGGUGAAGGAGGCCUCUGGUCUCUUCACUAUCCAGAGCAAACUGUACAUGCAGCCCACCAAGGCCGACAAGGACUCUGUGUUCCAGUGCACUGUGGAGUACAGCAUGCCAGGAGACCAGAUCAAACAGAAGAAGUCAGACACCAUCACCAUCAACCUCAACUAUCCAUCUGAGAAAGCGACCUUCUCCCUCCUCAACACCGAUCAUGUAAAAGAGGGCGAUAAUGUCACCAUGAAGUGUGAGACUGAUGGAAACCCUCAGCCAGAGUUUGACUUUACUAAAGAUGACAAAGUCAUCACUGGUCAGAAUGGUCUCCUGAUUCUGAAAUCUGUCAAGCGCACAGAUGCCGGUGUGUACAAGUGCACAGCCACAGAUUUCGAUAACUUGGAUGCUGACCUGAGUGGAACAAUCAACCUCAAUGUCCACUACAUUGACCCAAUGAACGUGAUCCCUGUCGAACCUCAAGUUGCCAUGCUUGGAGACAAGGUGGAAUGGCAGUGUAAGACCAAGGCCUCUGCUCUGCAUACUGUUCAAUGGAAAAAGGGCUCUGAGGUACUCUCUCAGGACGGCACACUGUCAAUACAAGACAUUUCCUAUGAUAAAGCUGGAGAGUACAUGUGUGUUGGAGCUGUGCCAUCUGUACCAGGGCUGACAGCGCAGGCCAGUGUCAGCCUCACUGUCAAAGGAAAGCCAAUGAUCGAGACUCCCGCUAUUGGAGAGGUGGGGAAGGAAGGAGACAUGGUGACUCUGAAGUGCUCGGCUUACGGCUCCCCCGCCCCUCAGUUCACCUGGAAGCCCUCAGGAAAGGAGGCAGUAUCAGUGGAGGGUAACAAGAUGGUGAGCACUGUGACCCUGCAAGCCACAGCUGAGGUCAUGAAGGACGGAGUGAUUUGCGAGGUCUCCAAUGAGCAUGGAACUGAUAGCAAGACCUUGGUGGUAUCUCUCAAAAGAGCAAUUGACAACUCAGCCGACAGAGUGCUGCUCUCUGGAAACCCUGUGCUUAAGUCAGCUGACAAGCAGCAGGGAGGCUCCAGCGGGGUGGUGAUAGCCGUGGUGGUGUGUGUUCUGCUGCUCCUGCUCCUGGUGGCCCUCAUCUACUUCCUGAACAAGAAGAGCAAGCUGCCCUGCAGCAAGAAGGACAAGAAGGAAGUGGCCAGUGGAGAGGUGAACAACGACAUUGUAGUGGAAAUGAAGACAGACAAGGCUAAUGAAGAGGCCGGUCUCCUCAACAAGAGACCGUCCACAGAACAGUGAUGAACAGAGUUGAGGAAAGCAACCGACAGAGAGAUGAAGGGAAGGAGAACAGCUGUUAUGAAGACAACAGGGCUAAUUUUUAUUUACUACACUAGAGGAGCACUGAGGGGGACAACAGGAGGUGGAGCAGGGAAGUGGGUUUGUUUUGGGGACAUUGGGAGGCACACCAGUGGUUAUGCUUGUUUUAUAACCUGGAGUAGACCAGUUGGCUGGAGUUUUUUUUAAAGAAUGAAUUGCUUCAACUCCAUCCAACUCCAUCCAUCUGUGCUACCACAGGUUAAAAACUGUAAAUGUGCAAAAUCAUGAUGUGAUUCAUAAUAAUAAUAAUCACUGGAUAGCAUUAUUCUUCUUUUGGUUCUAACUCUUUAUUCACCAAUCAUAUCUUUGGUUGACUCCACUGCAGAGUAGAGCUGAACAGUGAGGCGUUGGCUGACACAAUCCAAACACAGUGGCAGAAUCUUUUCUUAUCUACCCCAAAUGAAACACAAAAUGCCAUUAAGCCACUGUGGGUUUUUUUCAGGAGUGUCAGUCUGCACCAAUGUCUAUUCUGUCUUGGAGUCGGCACUUAAAUUCUCUGCUCUGUAACGGGCGAAAUUAUCACAGGGCGUCAGUCUGUUUCAUUCACCUCAGUAGGGAGUGAUGAUUUAUGCUCACAAAUUCUAAUCUCUAAGCACACUGUUUGGCACAUGUGGCUGUAACAUUUCUGCUCAAAGGAGCUCUGUGUUUGCUUUUGUGCUGUUUGUUUAAUUGCAUUUUUUUCCACCUGUGAAUGUUUAUAUAUUUCUUUUCCAAUAUCCCUAAUUAGCUUUCAGUAGAAACAGCCCAGGCAGUUAAUAACGCCAAUUCUGUCUAUAAAAUUACUUGCCUUUUUAAACCCAGCGAAAAAGCCACCAAACAUGCAAGCUAUUAGGGUGUACAAAUUUGUUCUUGCCAUUUCCAGCAGACUUGUAUAUUAUGUUAGUACACCAAUUGUUCACUUGUUUUCCUUUGCCCUCCUGUUUUCUUUGUAAAUUCAACACACUGAUUAACUUGUCUAUCAAGGAGGUGUACUGUGCAGGAUGUGGAGCUCAGAGUGUCUGUGGUUACUAGGCUUCUGGCCUUAAACUAUAAUUUCUGCCAUUUCUUACCAAGUCUUUCACAGCCUUUCAGCCCUCUGCUCUGUGAUGAAACCAUUCUCACAAGCGCAGCACACAGUGGUUCCACUCAGAAAGCCCAAUUACCAUCAACUUUUCACUGUAAAAUUGGUGGAAUUUGUUGGAAUGGUCAACAGUCUCAAACUGUGGCCUGCUGCGCUGAUGUUGUUUGCCCCCAUGACAACAAAACAGAACUUUCAGGGGCUAUGGUGCAGUAGUCACAGAUUCACCUCUUAGGAGAAAUUGCUGGCACAGGUUCACUCUAGUUUGAUACAAAGCUGGGAAGGGAAAGGAGGGUGUGGGAGGGAUUGGGGGGGUUGUGAUGUACCUUUUUAUUUUACCAAAUGAAAGAGUUUGUGAGUGUCACAGCAGGAGUGUUUCUAUCUUUUUAGGUUUGCAAUACUGGCAUUUCUGUUUCUCCCCUACACUGUCGGCCAGAGAGGUUUGAUAGCGGGUUGAUGUGCCCUUACUUUGUUGUACACUGGAAUGGCCUUGAUUUAAAAAAAAAAAAAAGAAAAAAAAAAGGUCACCUCAAACCACUAUCUGUGCCCACAAGGCUCAUUUUUAUUUUUCAAUGACUGUCUACUGAUCUUGCCAUAUUGACUGUUAGCAAACCUGUGAUGGCAGGCGAAGAUAGAUAGGUGAACUUGGAGCAUUGUUUUUUGAUUUUAAUGUUUUAUAUUAAAAAAAUAUUGUGGUAUAAACGUUGUUUUUUUAGAAAGGGGAUUCUUAAUUUUGCAACUACUGAGUUUUCAUUUUCCUGUGAUUUUCCACUCGCUGAGAGAAGAGAGAUUUUUUUUUUUUUUUUUUUAGGAUUCUUUUUUAUGACAUAUUUUCAGUCUCAGUGCUUUACUUCUCUCUGUACUGUAUACUGUAUAUUUUGUGGUACACUGUUGUGACCUCUGUGGUGUGUUGAUGUAUCUUUUUAUUUUGUUCCAGCUGUGUAGAAUUUAUAAUGAAAAAAAACUCAAGAAUCCAAUCACACCCCCUAUAA